ACGAAACACCAAGAGUACAUCUCAAAUCUCCGGCUCUCCACCAUGGCGACUCUGCUUGCUUCUUCGUUCUUGGUCGCCACUCCCGCAGCUUCCCUCGGGAGUCGCACGACUUUGUGUCAGUCUUCUUCGCAGGUUGCUCUUGCAGCGCCCGUGAGCCAAGAUGCCCUGAAGGUUACAGGCUAUCCACAAGUUUAUUGUGGUCGUGGGGACAAGCGUACCGCGAAGGGGAAGAGGACUCGUGGAUCCUUUGGCAACUGCCGGCCGAGGUCUGCGAAGGGCAAGAGCCGUCUGGGCCUGCCUCUGACACCAGUGCCAGCCGGGAGCGGCUCGCGCAAGCGGCUGGAGGACGACACGGAGUACAUCCACAUCGACCUGGACGAGGAGAUCAACCGAUAAGCUGUCGCCGGAUAGGUUCUAUGCGGCUGUACUCGAAAUGUCAGCGCCUUGUUCGAUGCAGUGACGUUGUCAAUAACUAUUUUUGUUCCCGUGGCAGAAAUGUAAGCUUCCGUGUCCAUUUCUUCCCAACCAAGGCAUGGAGUGUGAAACCAUGUCUGAACUGAACCAGGGAAUAGGCCGACUACGCUCUUUCGAUAGCAACCAUAUGUGGCCUGCUGGGUUUGGGGUUUUGCUUCCAGAGCCACAUGUUAUCCAAAGGUCCUUAUAUCAAAAGUUAUGACCACUCGGUGUCUGCGGAAGCCUUUGAGAGGUCUCUUCGCCAACUCCAAAUGAUGUGCUGAAGGUGGGCCUAGUUCUGAGGAGGUUUUGUGAAAUUCAUUCAAACUGGGGUUUCAGUGAUGCUUUUUGU